AGCCAAGUAAUUAAUUGUGAUUCGACUAAAAUUGACAUCACGUCUCAGACAUGACUAAAUCAAGUCUGGUGAUUUUUGUGCUAGGACUCAGUGUCGUAUUGGCGCAGCCCCUGCAGUACCGCGUAGAAGAGCUCGAUGAAAAAGAAUCCACGGCAACGACAGAGAAAUUCGAAUCCCAGGACCGAGUCCCAGGGCCGCCCGAAUCUCGCGGUUUUACCGCGGAUGUGUCUGGACUAAUUGAUGGACUCAGUGAAGUUGCCGGUACCGGGGCUCCAAUUGGUCCCGAUGGUCGGGUUAUUGACACAUCAGAUGUUACCAUUGCAAAGGCGAAACACGCCGCGGCUCACAUCAAUCAGAAGGUCAGCUUAGUUCGAGAGUCUGCGAGGAAUAAAGCCGGUGGACUGGGAAAACCAGCCGAGGUAUUGUUGGAGUACCAAGACAGCUUGGGCCAGUACAGUUUUGGUUACAGCGCUCCCGGUUCCGCGAGGUCAGAAGUUGGAUCCGCGGACGGAUCAACUCGCGGUGCAUUCAGUUACGUCGACGGUUCGGGAGUUGUUCAGACUGCCAAGUACACUGCUGACGGAGAAAAUGGGUUCAGAAUUGAGGCGAGCAACUUGCCAGUUGCCCCGAGCCCUGUUGAAGAAACUCCGGAAGUUCAAGCCGCGAGGCUCGAGCACUUCAGAGCCCAUGAGGCGGCUAAACAAAAUCUUAUUGCCAUCGAAGGCCAGAAAAAUGAAGCUGGCAAAGACAUAGCUGGUGAUGCUGCUGUCAAGAUGAUUAAGGAUGAAAAGAAGGAAGAAAUCAAGGAGGAGAAGAAGGAAAAUAAAGAUAAAGAGAAUUCUCUGUUGCUGAUGAAAUUGAAGGAAAAUGCAGAAAAAGAAGCAAAAAUGCCGGUAGUGACUUCGUCUUUUGUGAUGCCUGCGAGUAAUUUAAAUUUACAGAACCGGAUUGAAUUGAGAGGAGCUGCGGGUUUCUCUGGCACUGCACCCUCGGAUUGGAUGCAUCAAGGUGAAGCAAAAGCCAACGAAUACUUCAAGGCUUCUCCCCAGCUUCAAUUGCAGACGAGUGCUGCCAGCCAGUCACAAUUCUACCGCGGGUCACCUAUUGUUCAGUACUCAUCAUUUGGAUACCCCAUUUACUACAACCAUCAUGUGCAAUACGUUCCUUCUUUCUAUUACUAUUGAAUGCGAAAAGUAAAUUACUAAUACUAACAAUUGGAAAUAAAUCUAAGCCUGGGUUUUAUUGUAACUUGUAACCGACUUUUGUGAAAUUUAUUUGAGCAUUGUAAUAAAAACAUUUGACUUAAUAUGGA